AUGGGUAACAGUCAACAAUCAUUGAAGAUAAUAACAACAAAGAAUCUGAAGAAAGGAAGAAUAGACAGACUAACUAACCGCCGAGUUCGACCAAUCAGUCAUCCACAACAGCUAAGCACAGCGUGGGAAUGUACAUAUGUUGGAGUUACUCUAUUAGUAGAAAAUCACUAG